GCCAGUCAGCCGCGCGCCAUCCACACGACUGUUGUUCGACCCGCGAGUGACACCACCUCCGCUGCGUACAGUGGAGAAUGCUACAGCAGAUGUCCUCGCCGCCGAGCGCACAAGUCGGCGAGGUCGCGUCUCUUGUGCGCCCCUUUGAAGGUCGCUUGAACGGCGACGUCUCGUCAGAGGCCUCUUCGGACGCUGCGGAAGAAUCGGAGCUGCCGCAGUGUAAAAUAAGGAGAAAUUACAAUUGCGCCAAGUGCAAAUUUUAUACUCAGAAUCCACGAGCGUAUCUAGUGCAUAUACGUGACGUUCACUUUGAAAAAUUUAGAAUAUACGACUGUCCACAUUGUGUUUACGCUUCUAGGCAUCAGCAGAAACUUUCGAGACAUUUGAAAAUGGUGCAUGUAGCUCCUACUUCGCUUACCAACGGCAAGGUGGAUAUAGAGAUACCACCCCCACCACCACCAAUUUCAGACACAACUGAGCCUUCAGAACGAAUUGAAGAUUUGCUUGAAGAAGUAGAAGAGUGUGAAGAUGUAGAAAUGGAGGGAGAGGAUGGCAAUGACGAGUCACUGUGCCGUUCCGCAGACAUCGACGGCGGAGUUGAUAGAUCGAUGUCGAAUGACAUAAAUCAAUUGAAUGCAACAAAAAGCAAGAGUAAAUAUUUCUCGUGCGUUAAGUGUAACUAUGUUACGCACAUCAGGGCCAGAUUUACUAAGCACGUCAAAUAUCAUUCAAUGCCUAUGAUUAAGUGUGCCAUAUGUGAUUUUCGUACCCCAUAUAAAUGGAAUCUGGAUCGCCACAUGAAAAAUCACGGAGGUAAUGGUAGCUUCACCUGCUACAUGUGCAACUUCACAGCGGACAUUAAGCAAAGUCUGACAGUACAUGAGAUGAAUCACCACACUCCGCCAGUGGGUCAAUCGUUAAUAAUUCGCCGCCGCAAUCGGGUGGGUGCCAGCGACGUGCCAUUUGAAGACGACGUAACAGCGUUUAUCACCAAGGAGGAAGAAGGGAGUGGCGACUCACGCUCCUCACACUCGACCUCGGAAUUAUUGCAGUACGCAGAGAGAGAAAUGAUAAGUUGUAAUAGCGACUCAAAUGAUACUGAUAUGACAGUCAAAAGAGACGAUCAACACUCUCCACAAGAUAUACAGAAUGAAUUAUCACCUAAUGCAGACAUGGAUGAUGCCAAAUAUCAAAAACAGAGCAGAAAAAUUUCCAGACCAAUUCCUCAAUUAAUACCAUUAAACGCAUCUACUCCAAAUCAGGGCAAAACGUGCAGUGGUGAACCACCUGCAAAGAAGUUUAAAGAAUCGAAUUUAACAGAAUCAAAUGAUAGUAAUAGCAGCAAAUUUGAAAAUCUACCGGCGGAUGUCACAUUAAUACCUGUGUCUAAUAUGCCAACAGGUACCAAGGAUACAUUAGUGCGUAAAAAAAAUGAAUCCUUCUUUGACAAAUUAAAGGAAAGAUUACUCACUGAAACCGGUGAAGAAGGGUCACUUAUAUGUAAAAAUUGCGGUUUUGAAAGCAAAUGUUUAUCUGAACAUUCAGUACAUGAGAAAAAUUGCUCUUCACAAUUAAACCGCAUUGCACCAAAUACUUUACAUUCAACUUUGGGCUCAACGCGAUGUCAAAACUGCAGACAUAGAUGCAAAUCUAGUGCAGAUCUUUAUGUUCAUAUGCAAACGUGCAGAAAAAAUCAAACGAGAGAUGACGAACAAUGUAUAGAACUAAAAAAAAAAGAAAACAAUGAAACUACAAUAUCUGUGCAAGAAAGAGACGCUGAACGACAUCCAAUGGAAAAUGUAGUGUUUGUUUGGAAUAACAUUAAUCAUGAUCCUAACAAGUUUGAGACACCACUUGGUAUUAACAUCAAUGACGAUUCAACACUCCCAGAACUACACAGAAAUUACGAAGCUGAAAUUGUAGACGAUAAUGAAAGUAUGAACUUGUCGCCAAGUCAAGCUAUAGGCAAAAAAGUAUUUAAAUGUCCACACUGUGAAUUUUGGGCUUCAACUGCAUCUAGAUUUCAUGUUCAUAUUGUAGGACAUUUAAAUAAGAAGCCUUUUGAAUGUUCUUUGUGCAAAUACAAGUCAAAUUGGAGAUGGGAUAUUACUAAACAUAUCAAAUUAAAGUCGGCUAGAGAUCCUGAGCAUAAUGAAGCAAAAGUGCUUAUGACUGAUGAAACAGGUCGAAGAAACUAUAGCAAAUAUAAUAAAUUUUUAGCAAUGUCAAUUCUGAACGAAAAUGGUGAGAACAAAUUUCAUUACAUUGAUCAAAAUGCUUUAACAGAUCCAUCAAUGGAGGUAGAUGAAACCUUGAAUGACUUAACUGAAAAUAUGAAUGGAUCAAUACCAUUAGACAUGCAGCCACUUAAUUUACAGACACAACACGGAGAUCAGAAAUCCAAUGAUGGCAAAAUUUCCGAUUCCAAGAAACCAAAGAAAACUCUGUGGAAAUGUAAAAAAUGCAAUUAUAGGGAUCCAUCCAAAGAAGCUUUAUUAGAACAUGUUCGAGAGCAUUCAAGAGCGGAAGGCAAUACAGACGAUUCAAAAUUAAUGAAGAAACCUGAUAAUAUACCUGAUCCAGCAGAUCUUGCUUAUCGCUGUGGACACUGCAAUCAGUUAUCAAAUUGGAAACAUGUUAUACAGAGGCAUUGCCGAUUGAAACACGACGGUGUAAUAAGAGUCAUCACAACGCUAAAACCAAAACCAGAUAUUUCAGCAAAUGAAGGCUCUAUUGACAUAUGCACUAAGUGUCCGUUUAAAACCAAUGAUAAAAAAAUGUUCGUAGCACAUUUACAGCAACAUCAGCCUUCUCCGCAGUCUAUUUUCAAAUGCUACUUUUGCCCUUAUUUUGUUAAGGAUGAGCAGGAAUUAAUGCAACAUUUACUUCUCCAUGGCGUGACCGAACCAGAAGAGUAUAUAUCUAAAGCAAUGGGAUGUAAGUCCCCAUUGCAAGAAUUACACGGGACGCCAUUAAACCCUAAUUCAACAAAACGACACAGAUGUAUAGAAUGUCCUUAUGAAACAAACAGCAAAUCACAGUUUAUGUAUCACGAGCAAUUUCACAGACUUCCAGCUGACACGCCAUAUAAAUGUCCGCAGUGUAACUACAGCGUUUCCAAAAGGCACUUGCUACAUCAACAUUUAAGAGUUCAUGGUAUUCUCACAAAGAAGACAGAAUCCGAAGCAGAACUGGAAGCAAUGUCAAUGAAUUCUAGUAGAACAGAAGAUAAAGCAGACAUACAUAUACCUCUAGAAGAAAUACCUUAUGUAUGGGUAUCGGCAAAAAAUAUGUUCCAUAAAAUGUAUAAGUGCCGCUAUUGUUCAUACGUAAAUUCACAAAAAUGUAAAAUACCUUAUCAUGAAAAAAUUCAUUGUAUUAUUUUUGAAAAUAGUGAAAUAACAGUAUAUAAAUGCUUGGAGUGUAAAUUUAUAUGUGAUAAUCCGAAUAAAUUAGGCGAACAUUCUAAAACACAUGGUGAAAUAUAUGGACGCAUUUGCUGUCCCGUUGAGUUAGAUAUACCAGAUGAAGACCAAAUAGAAAAAUUACAAAAGGUAAUUGAAGCUGAACAAAUAACACCCACAAAAGAUUUCAUAAAAGAAGACAUAUCCAAUGGUAGUAAGGAGAUGAAAAUGUUAUACUUUUGCCAAAAAUGUCCAUCCAGAUUCUUUGAUUAUGAUGAAUUAAACAAUCAUGAAAAAUAUCAUGUAUUAAAUUUUCCCAACAUAUGUAAAAGCUGCGAAUAUUCUGUCUCCGAAGAAAGCGAGUUAAAUUCACAUGUUUUAGUUCACACAGAUGAAUAUCACACAAAAACGAAAAUGUUAAAGUUUAUGUACAAUUCGCAUGCAGAGCACAUGCAGCCUCAACUAAAAUUAGUUCAUUGUACAGCUACGUCAGAAAUAACAUGGGUGGUUUCAGAUUCCACUGCAGAACAUGAAGUGACCAACAAUAAAAAAGUUAAUGAAUCAAGACAAUACUUUUGUAAAGAUUGCCCAGCAAAAUUUUUCAAAAGUUCUGCACUAAACUAUCAUAUAGGAUUACAUGGAGGAGACGGUGAACAUAAAUGCAAAAAAUGCAAUUACGCUGUUAACAGUUUAGGAAAUUUGGCAAAACAUGAAUGGCUUCAUAAGGGGGAAAAUAAAAUACCAACUUGUGAUUACGAGUCUGGUGAAGAUAUGGAUUACAAGAAUAUUCCAUUAUCGGGAACAGAUUUAUUUCAAAGAAAGACUGAGGCCCAGAAAAGAGUUUUAAUUGAUAAAGAUAAAUUAGUAAAACCUAAUGACCACUUCCCACCCGUACUUCAAGCUGAUCCACAAUUUGGUUAUUUGAUGCAUGGCAAUCCAGAAUUUAUAUAUCCCACUUAUUUAAAGAAUGGUCGCCAAAAAGAAAAACGCUAUAAGUGCCACAAAUGCCCUUCUGCUUUUGAAAAAAGGGAACAAUAUAAAAUUCAUUUAUCUUUACACGGUUCAAAACAAAGAUAUAAAUGCGAACUCUGCGACUAUUCCGUAAAGUAUUACGCUAAUUACGUUCAGCAUAUGAGAAAACACCAGAUGAAUGACGAAGCGCAAGCAGAAAGAAAAAAGGGGAAUAAUGAUUUCAAUGAAGGAGGUAGUCACGAAGAUAAGCAGGAUGACAGUGGUGAUAAUAUUAAGUUAGCCAUCAAAACGAUGCCAAAAGGAACACCGAAAAGCGAUUUUCAGCAGUUUUCAAUAAGUGACCAACAAACCCUGCGCCUACUACAGCGAAGACGGUCCAUUAAUAGCGCUGGAAAAGAUCCAAGUUCAAGUGAAACACCACCAACAAAAGAUAGAAAGCUCCACAUGUGCUUAUUAUGUCCAUAUACAAAUCAGCGACAAGAUGCCUUAACAAAUCAUUACAGAAGACAUGACGAUAGUGAUAUUCUUAACGCAGGGAGUCAUAAGUGUUCUUAUUGUGACUUAGUUGUAGUUCAGUCACAUUUUCUUCGUGAACAUCUUAAAACUCAUUUUAAUUAUCAGAAAACAUUAACGCCGGAAUGCUUUGUUGCUAAUGAGGGCGUAACUUUUACCAUUACAAAAGUGGAUGAUGAAAAUGUAUGUACUGAUCUCAAGUUAGACUUAAAAAUCAACACUAAUAUGUGCAAUGAUGAGAAAAUAUUUGUAAAAAUCAAAACCGGUGAACUUUUAACUGAGUGAAUAUUAUUUAUUUAAGUUUAGAAUAAUAUUCAUAAUAUGUUCUAAGAAAAUACUAAAUAUAUUUUUAGUUUAAGCCAAAAAUAAAAAAUAAACAGUUGUUAGUUGCCAAAGUGUAGCUUGCCAUAUUAGAUUAUAUUUCAAACAGUCCUGAAUAUAUUAGGACAUCCAAACUAUUAAUUAUAAAGAUAAGAGGUUAAAAUAAAUUAUGUAAGUGUUAGUAAUUGGUAACAUUGAUCUUGAUGGUAAUCUCUGAUAUCUUGUUAAUAAUAUUUUAGUUUCAGCAAAAUGAGUAAAGUGAUGAUCAGUCAUAUCUGGUACAUAUGGCGACAUUUAAUUUGUUAUAUAGGUACCCAUGUUAUAUUAUAAUAAAUGUCAUAUAUAUUAAUUUCCAAGUGAUCAUAUCUUAAUUUUGGAUAUUAUUAUUUUGUACUUAGUUUAAUGAAGCUAGUCUAAAUUUUAGAAAAUAUAUGAAACAAAAUUUGUUACCAUUAAGAACUGUUUCCUUCUUCAUUAAUAAAAUAAUAUUUUUUCAUUACAAAGAAAAAAUAUAUUUAUUUUGUAAGAUUCUUGAAAUUAAUAUGUAAUAUGGUGUUUAAUAAUUGCACCCUGAUACCAAUAUACUAAGAGGUAGAGUUGGAAAUAAAUAUAUUUCAUACAAAAAAAUUAUAAAUCCCUAGUUGUUGAUGUUUAUAUAUUAUAAAAAAAAUGUUCCACAUUCAAUAAAUUCAUAAAAGUUUUAAUGGUCUGACAAUAAAGUUAACAGAUGUAUAACUUCUAUGGUACCUAAUACAAUAAGAUAUUAUGGCAUUUUUUCUUAAUUAUAGACUGUAAAGAUCAUAUAUAUAUAUAUAAGUAUAAAUUCAGGUUGAGUAAUGUUGAGAAAUCAGGAGCAGGCACUAGGCAAGUUUAUAAUUUAUAAUUUAAUUAGUCCUAAGAGGACACAUUCCUGUUAUGAUUACAAAAGUAAAUUGAUAAAUAUAUUAACAUGAUAACCAUGACCUUUUCAUUACUUUUUACCCACUAAUAGUAUAAGUGCUCACAUUCAUCACAACAUUUGCCUAAUCAAUAUAAUUCACUAAAACAUUUUAAAUUUUAAUGACAGAAAUGUUUAUAGAAGCAUUUAUAAAGAUUCCAUAUUACUACCACACAAAGUAGUUCUAUUCUAAUUAUUAUAAAAUCCAAGCAAUUUAUUUCCCUAAAUAAGUAGACUACUAAAUCAAUAUAAAACAAAACAUUGCAAUAACAUAGGCAUGUUUAAAAUAAAACUUGUGAUUUUCACUUAAAGCAGAUAAUUUAUUUCAUUAAAACUAAGAUUACCUUAUCUACCCGACAUGCUUCCAUUCUUAGUAGUAAGGUCAAUGCAAUGAAUCUAGCAAGAACAAAGUAUAACUUGAGUAUGAAUUUAGUUAAUUA